AUGCCUUCCGAAGAGACCAAGGAACGUAUCACAAAACUCGUGGAGGUUGGCCGCACUCUGGUGCACUAUGGCUGGAUACCACUCAUCAUUUACAUUGGCUAUACUCGGAGCACGCCUCAGCCCACCCUUAUUAAGCUCAUAAGCCCACUCGCAUGA